UGCUUACACCCACAUACACGCACGCACUGAGUGAAUGAGUGAGAUAACUUGGACGUCAAUCUUUCUCAGUUCUUGAUGACAGAUGACAGACCUCACCCCUCACCCAACUCUGAUAGUACCCUCUCAACCAUUCCCCCCCUUCUCCUCUUCUACGUCCCGGCACCACAUAAUUUCCAUAAACAUUUUUCCAUUUUGUCACAGUCACUGCUAAAUUAUGGCUAAGAGAUCAGAUUUUGCACAGAAGCUUCUUGAUGAUCUGCGCGUAAGGAAAGAACGAAUGGCUGUUACUGCAUCUCAUUCUCAAAACUCAAACCAAUCCUACCAUUUGCCUAUAGAUGCAUAUGGAUACACCAAGCAAACCUACAGAGGGUCGACAAAUACAAGAGCAAAUGAGGUUGUUAGUUCCAGAAAUGGGGAGACGGUGAAUUGGUCUAGCAGAAGGCAGAGAUCAGUAAAGAGUGCAGGAGACUUGUCAAAUCAGAUUAUCCCAUACGGGAAAGCCUUCGACAAUAAUGGAGGGAAACUAGGAAGGGCCGAUCUGUCUAUCACCAAUUCAAUUCUGGGUUUCCUUCACCAGAUUCAAAGGGAAGGAAUGGAUAGAGGAAGCAACUUGGACAGGCAACUAGCUUCAACUAGCCAUACCCUCUCUCUUGUACAGAUAAAUGAGAUAUCCAAAGGUGCACAGAAGCUAAACCACGUAUUGAGAGCUUGCUGCUCCAAUGGUGUCAACAUGGAUACAUAUUCAUUAACUUUUGCAAAGGAACUAUUACAAGGAGCUAUUGAUUUGGAAGAGUCGCUCGGAAUACUAGUGGAUCUGCAGAAAAGUUCAGAGUUUAUGAUUACCUCGCAAGCACAGAACAAAAAUCGAAUCACACUAUUAGAGGAGGAGGAGGAGGAGGAGGAGGUAGAAGAUGAGAGGAGGAGGGUGGAGAAAAUACAACUGGCACGUCCAACUUUCUCGGUUGACAACAAGAUGCAGAGAGCAAUUACAAUCACCAACUCUAAGGAAACCAAAAAGAUAAAAGAUUCUCAGCGGAAGCGAACAUCAACUAACACUGGCAGAGCUGCCGACAUUUCAAACCAGAUGGCCGACAAGGGAAGGAUUCCAAACGUAAUAGCCAAACUAAUGGGACUGGACAACCUUCCUGAGAAGAAGGUUUCUGGUAAUUGUAAUACUGCAUCAUCCAAACACUCUGCCAAAGGAAGCAGCAGCACCACACUGAAGAGCAAACAAACAGACAAUUUGAUCAAAAACCAAAAAGUGGCUGUUGGAUCCUUCAAAACCAUGAUGUUUGGUGGUCCAGAUAAAAAUUUGGUCCUCCAAAACCAAAAGUCUGCCUAUUACUCUGAAUCUGAGGUGGUUGGAAUAAAAGCAUUGAAGGGCUUUGACAAGGCCAGCAUCAUCAACUAUUCUGCUCGUCAAAAUUAUGUUGAGGUGCUGAUGGGAAGGAAACAGGAUCACCCACAUAACAGUGGCACAGUAAAGGACAGAAGCAUAAAUGGCAAUGAUCCAUUUCAUAAUCUAAAUAACAUGCACGAAAGAAGAUCACAAGUUAAACCUGCCAUUCAAAUUGCAAAAGAAGGACAAACAAUCACAGACAAGCAUAUUAAGAUGAGCAAUGAAAAGAAGUCUCGGGACCAUAUCGUGGUUCAAAAGUCAAUUAUCUCCAAAGACGGAGGGAGAGAAAUGACACCCAGGAAUUCAUCAAAACAAUCCACCAUUAAUCUUCAGAAGAAGAAGAAGCAAUCAUUCAUAAACCAACCCACACCGUUCAAGAUAUCACGUGGUGAUCUAGAUAUAGUCGCAUCUAAUGAGAAAGUAAAAGAAAUUAUUAAAAGAAAGAAGUCCUCCCCAAGAUAUCAAGAAUUUCAACGAGCUAAUGGAACACAAACACUAAAAGAUCAUAAAUUCAUGGACAGCAAGAAAAUAAAGCCUGAAAAGAUUGAACAAAUGUUGAGUAGAAGAAAUGAACAAGAAGCUAGUGGUAGAGCAUCUGGAAAAUUGAAUGUCUUAAAUGGAGCAGACCAAAAAAGGUUUAGCAUAUUCACAGAACAUGAACUGCUUCCUACUUCUACGUUGUACAAUUCUGGCAAGAGUGAAGAUUUACAAGAAUCGGCCAAUGAUUUGCAAUACCAAGCUGUGCAACCGAUAGGAACCAAUUUGCAAGAUCAAGCUGUUCCUGAGGCAGCACAUGAGGGAUUCAAGACCAGUGAAGUUGCAUACCAUAAAAGAAAAACAAUUGGAGUUCAGGAAGGCAGAAUGGGUGUGAAACAACAAAAUCAAAAUAUGAGCAUCCAACAACCACUAACAGAAAGUGAAAACCACCUCAAGUGGAUUUUGGUCACGAGUCAAUUAUUCGUCAACACUGCAGAAGCACUUUUCAGACUAAACAUCCCGUUCGGUAUUCUUCAAGGUAAUCAUCAAGACAGUCAAGACCAACGUAGCAAGCUGAUAUUAGAUUGCGGCUAUGAAGUGAUGAAAAGAAAGGGGAUACGGCAGGAACUCAAAGUUCAUACUUGUUCAAAAAUAUCAUCAAUCACUAGUACUGUUAACUUGAUAAGAUCUCUAGAUGACUUGGUUAAGAAGCUGAACGAGGACAUGGAGAAGAUUAAAUUCUACGGAAGGAAAAAGAGUAGCAAAGUUGAUGUUGAGGACUACCUGCCUAAGAUGCUUGAGCAUGAUAUCUAUGAAAAAUGGCCUGACAUAGAUUGCAUGUGGGAUUUAGGUUGGAAUGAUGAGACAUCUGCAUUUAUCGAAAAAUAUGAUGUUAUAAGGGAUACAGAAAAGCAUAUCCUUAGUAUACUUCUGGAUGAGAUCGCCAAAGAAUAUUGCACAUUCAAGGAGCGCUGAUUGAAUAUGACAACCAUACUAUGAAAGUUUUUUAUGUUAUUUGCAAUACAAUUUUGUUGGUUGUAAGUUUGUAACUGGUGAGGAGUUCUGAACAGCAAGUUUUCAUUAGAAAGAAGAGUUUCCUCCUUUAUUAAGUUACUAUAAAACUUUAACAUGGAGUAAAAUCUUUUAAAUUGAGUACAUUUCUUAUAAAAUGAUUUAUCGACAUUACUUUCUCA